AUGGGGAUACUUUUAUCGAAAUUUGGUGCACGAGGAUGUGUGGAUUUGGGAAUACUGCAUACUGCAACAGUUGAGGAGGCUCUUCUCACACAUCGGAGGCGAAGGCAUCAACAUAGUGACCUGAAUGAAGUAGAGGAGGCUCUCGAAGUGGUGAAACGGGAUUACAGAGCAUCCGAGUCUGAUCUUUUCUUGUGGAAAUCGAAAGAGGACACAUUUAAAGAAAGAUUCAGUGCAAGGGAUACUCGGCAUCUUCUGCUUAGUUUCCCGCGAGUGAGCUGGUUGGAGGGAAUCUGGUUUAAAUACCAUAGUCCGAAGACGGGGUUCAUUGCUUGGUUGGCUAUACGAAGUCGUCUAUCGACGGGAGAUCGUAUGCAGCACUGGGUUCCACAGUUCUCUGUUUCGUGUGUCUUCUGA